GCACCUCUUUAUUUCAUUUAAUUAGUCAGGACUAAUUGCAGGUAUGAAAUCCCAUACACACGCAGUCACACACACACACACUCACUCACUCCGGGAGUCAGAAUGCCAUCCAUCCAUCCAUCGAUCGACUGUAAUCGACAGACAAAAGGGGAAAGCACCGCACACGCACGUACGCCUCGUUGUCCGUCGACUGACUGCACAGCUAGACUUGGUUGCUAUUAGCGAGGGGCUGAAAAACGCCCUCUGGCUCACGCAUCGAUCGCAUCGACCACUGCUCUGCUGCUACUGCUACUGCUGCCGAUCGAUCUGAUCUACCCUUGUAGCCAGCUAGCUAGACACCCCAGCCCUCCCUCCACCUACACAGCGACACCCACCCAUCCCCCUCUUGGCUCGGCUCGGCUCAUCUAUUUGAAUGCCUCCCUGACGAGUUCCUUCUGCUUCUUGGUGAGUUUGUCGGGGAACUUGAUGUGAAAGGUGAUGAGCAGGUCGCCGAAUGAGCCCUCCUUGCCGCCCCGCACGGGCAUGCCCUUGCCCUUGACCGUCAUGGUCUCGCCGUGGUCCGUCACGUCGUCCUUCUUGAGCGGGAAAUCCUUGCCGUCCAGGUGCCGGAACUGAGUCUCGAAGCCCACCAGGGCGUCGAGCAACGGAAUCUCCACCGUCGUCAGCAAGUCGUUGCCGCGACGCACAAACCUGACAGACAGGCCAACGGACAAAAGAGAGACGGAGAGAGAGUGAUGGAAUUAUGUGUGUGUGUUGGUGUGUGUACCUGUCGUGCUGUGUUUCGGUAACGACAAAGUUGAGGUCUCCCGGCUCGUAUCCGACUUUGUGGUCGGCGACGCCCUCGAAGGUGAUGGUGUCGCCGCUGGUCAUGCCGGCCUCGACAUAGGCGGUGAGGAGCACGGGCUCCUCCUCAGUCUGGCCCUUGGGACAGGCCUUGCACUUUUUCUUCCAUGCCUUGCCCGGCCCCACACAGCUGUCGUCCUGCAUCUGGUUCUGCACAAUGAAGCCCGGCCCCAUCUGCUGCGUCACCACCCGCAGUCCCGCCCCCUGGCAGUCGCGCCGGUCCACCGUGCACUCGUCCACGUUGACACACAGCACCUGCCGACGAUAGGUGACGUGGAAGAGCUCCCCGAAGUAGAGCUGCUCCAAGGUCACACGCAACUUCAUGUCCAGAUUAGGCGUCUUCUCCUUCUCGCCCCUACAUAAACAGAGAGGACGGUUGGUGUGAUGAUUGAUCUGGUCUCUGUGUCUGAGGGUACCUGCCCUUCCGUCUCCUGCCGCCGCCGAAGCCGAAAGCAGAGAAGAUGUCAAAAGGGUCCAUGUGGCCUGACACAUACACCAACACCACACACAUGGGCUGCACUGCACUGCCUUGGACUGCCCUCGCUAAGCCACUCACUCUCUUGGUGCUGCUGCUUGAGUCCCUCCUCCCCGUGGUUGUCGUAGAUGCUGCGCUUCUCAUCGUCCGACAGUAUCUCGUAGGCCUCGGCGAUCUCUGCGAACUUCUUGCUGGCCUCCUUCUCGGGGUUCUUGUCGGGAUGGUACUUCAUCGACAGCUUCCGAUACGCCUUCUUGAUCUCGCUGGCGCUGCUCUCCUUCUUGACGCCGAGGAUCUUGUAAAAGUCGCGGCCGCACUGGCUGAGCGUGGCGGACAGCAGCACGAUCAGCGGCAGCAGGAGGGAGACGAGCCAUGGUGGACAGGCUAUAGAUCUCGACGGAAACAUCUUCCGUAGGCUACUGCAGAGGCUGCCAGCUGCGAUAUAUUGCGACCCUUCUC